AUGAAACUACUGAUUUCGCUGUCUGUAUUGGUGGUCACUGCUGCCGCUCAAAUUGGAAUUGGCCAAGGCGGACUCGGUGGUCAAGGAAAUUUUGGUGGCCAAGGAGGACUUGGAGGACAAGGAGGGUUCGGAGCACAAGGAGGAUUCGGUGGACAGUUUAAUUUGAAUGGUCAAGCUGGAUUUGGUGGCCAGGCAGGAAUUGGUCAGGGAGGAGUUCGCCCGAGUCAAGGAGGAUUCGCUGGACAAGUCCCAAUAAAUCAUUAUGAGCCCGGUUCUGGAAUUCCUGUGGGUUCUGGUCAUUAUCACGGAGGUAAUCCUGUAGGACCUGGUAAUUAUCAUGGAGGUAAUCCUGUAGGACCGGGUAAUUUCCACGAACAUCCGGAACAUCAUGGCGAACAUCACCGCGAUCAUCAUCAUGAGCACCAUGGACACCACGACCACCAUGCACAUCAUCGUCACUAGUUCAGACAUUAUUUUAUACCUAAUGAAAAUAAAGUGAAUUUCCACUAGCGACUAUAAUAAAAUUUAAUAUGCAGAAAAAAA